AUGACAUCUAAGAAUGACUCUGUUAAGAAAUAUGUAUCUCAGCGUCGAACUGUCGACAUGAGUUCUCCAUACGACAGAUUGUAUUAUUAUAAGAAACAUGGUAUUCAUAUAAGGUCUAUAGAACCGGAAUCUACAUACACAGCGGACAUUCUUCCGCCAGAUGCGUAUCGUGAUUAUACUAGGGUUAUAAAUACGCCUACAAAGUUCACGCAUUUGUCUUCUAAUAAAGUAAAGCAUGUUAUCCCUGCAAUUACAUGGACUCCAGAGGGUCGUCGGUUGGUUGUGGCUACCUACAGUGGUGAAUUUUCUCUGUGGAAUGGUUCAUCUUUUAAUUUUGAGAGUAUUAUGCAGGCGCAUGACUCGGCUGUCACUGUGAUGCAAUAUUCCCAUGAUGGAGAUUGGUUGAUUAGUGGUGACGCUGAUGGAACAAUUAAGAUUUGGCAACCCAAUUUUAAUAUGGUUAAAGUCUUAGAUCAUGCUCAUAUGGAAUGUAUGAGGGAUAUUGCGUUUAGUUGUGGUGACCAGAAGUUCGUGACUUGUUCAGAUGAUAAUGUAUUGAAGAUUUGGAAUUUCAGUAAUGGGCAACAGGAACGCGUGCUUUCCGGACAUCAUUGGGAUGUAAAGAGUUGCGAUUGGCAUCCUAAGAUGGGUCUCAUCGUAUCAGGCUCUAAGGAUAACUUGAUUAAACUGUGGGAUCCUCGCACAGGGCGCAAUGUGUCUACGAUUCUUGGCUUAAAACAUACAAUUAUAAAGACAAAGUUCCAGCCAACAAUGGGUAACCUGCUGGCAGUAGUCGCAAAGGACAAAAGUACAAAGAUAUAUGAUUUAAGGCAAAACAUGAGGGAGCUACACACAAUUCGUGAUGAAGUGGACUAUAUGUCGCUAGCAUGGCACCCUAUUAAUGAGACGAUGUUUUCUGUGGGAUGCUACAACGGUGCUAUAAAACACUUUGACUUACUACAUGAAACAACUACCCCGGUUCCAGCAUCGCAUAGCAUUCCUUGUGCACAUGAAAAGUCGGUGACAUCGUUAGCAUAUAGUCCUGUCGGCCAUAUCCUUGCCAGUGCGGCUAAGGAUAGAACAAUACGUUUUUGGGCUAGAUCUAGACCAAUCGAUCCUAAUGCGUUUGAUGACCCCACAUAUAACAAUAAGAAGGUCAAUGCCUGGUAUUUCGGUAUCAACAAUAAUAUAAAUGCCGUCAGGCCAAAGACAGAGCAUGGUAUUGCAUUGCCGCCUACUAAUGAUGGAAAUGCAUCUACUAAUAUCUCCUCGUUGUCGUCCGGAGACCUCACUAUGAACAUGUCAGGCAACAAUGUUCCAGCAUCAGGGCUACCUGGGUUGAGCUUUUAA